UGCAAAUGCCUGAUUGGGCAGGUAUACCUAGCUGGACGGCAGGGGCGGGCCUUAGCAGAGCGGCCGGCCCCUCUUCUAGUACAGGCCGAACUGGCUGAAGCCUCUUCUAGGAGCGGAGGAGCUCGCCAGGCAGGCGGGGGAGUGGGCGGAUGUAGCCCUCCGAACGUGCUUGCUGGGUCGGCGGAGGAAUGCGUCGACAGAAAGCGGUUCCGUGUAGAAAAGCGUGCGGAGGCUGCUCUUGCACCCGAGGCGUGGGUUUCCGAGGACGGAGAAAAAGAGCCGCUCUUCUAUUCGGGUGUUUCGGCCUGGCCCCCGCGACUUUUCUGCUAACAGGAUGAGUCGCCUGGGCAUACCAUUGAUGCACCGCAUGGACCAGCUUCUGCAACUCAUCGAAUUCAACAGCUCUAUCGAACUAGACUACCUCCAGAUUGCUCGGUGCCUUGAAGGAAUGCGCCAGCGAUGCUGCCGAUUGGACCACGAUUUGCGAGGAGCCAGGGACCGGCUGCGCCAUUCAGAGUCUGAACGUUCCGUGCUGGAGGUGAAACUGAAACAUGCCCGUAACCAAGUGGAAGUUGAGAUGAAGAAAAGGCAUCGGGCAGAAGCAGAGCUGGAGAAGCAGGAGCGCAAGCUGCAGCUUAUCUAUGACUACCUGAUGGCUGAUUCACAGAUCAAUCCUCUCAAGGAGGACCAGCGCUCAGCCCUUGCUGCUUUUGAUGGGCGAUGUUUCGGUCGCAGCACCCUGCUGCCUGGCAAGCAGAUGUCUGCAGUGGAAGAACUUGGCACCUCGAUCCUAUCUGACAUCAGCUUUGACCAUUCGGAUGAUGAAGUAGAUCUUGAGAUGAUAAAACCUGCUAAAGGCAGCAGAAGGCGUUCCUCUUUGGCACCUCUGAUCCAGCCCGUAAUAGCAGCCAAGCGUGCACGGCCAUCUGUGACCCCUACUCCUAAUGUGCAAGAGCUGGCUUUAUCCUUGAGAUCUGAAGGAACUGCUGAGAGCCAAAGCCUUGCCCGCAAUUUGCUCCCUAUCGGUGUGGCACCACGUCGUCGAUCCCACCAGAGUCGCCAUAUCUCCACGAUCACAGAAUUCACUACAGUUCGAGGCAGCAGUGAUGAGUCAGGUGGAUGUAGCAGCCAGGGUGACAGUCAUGCCAUCAGCACAGAGAUCAGAGCUGAAGGGAAAGGUGCCCAGGGCUGCUUCUCCUCCACUCCUUCUCCCCCACGGGGAGCACCACCACACCAACAACAUCACUUCACCUCUAAGACAAUCAUCCGUCUAGAGACAUGCUCAGCUUGCAAAUCCCGCCUGCGCUUUGGGAAGGUGGCACUUAAAUGUCGACCCUGCCAGCUUGUAGUGCACCCAGAGUGCAAAGAACAUUGCCCAUCUCUGUGCAUGCCAGGUGCUCGCCCAAGAGUAAGAGAGGGUGUUCUGGCUGACUUUGCACCUAGCACACCUCCCAUGGUGCCCCAGCUAGUGGUUCAGUGCGUGACUCAAGUGGAAAGCCGUGGCCUACAGGAGAUGGGGUUAUACCGAAUAUCGGGUGCAGAACCCAUCGUACGUGAAUGGAAAAACAAACUGCUCCGUUCCAGAGGUGCUGUUCCCUCACUGGAUCAAGUGGCCGAUGUGCAUGUGAUCUGUGGCAUUCUGAAGGACUUUCUGAGGAGCCUGAAGGAACCACUUCUUACCUUCUACCUGCACUCUGCUUUCCUGCAUGCUGCAGAUAUCCAAGCUGAAACUGCCCGUCGCACUGCUCUCUGCCAUGUUGUGAUGAAGCUGCCUCUGGCCAAUAGAGACACGCUGGCUUUUCUCAUUCUUCACUUGCACAGGGUCAUACAAAGUCCUGAGUGUCGAAUGGACCAACAUAGCUUGGCGCGUAUCUUUGGGCCAACACUAGUUGGGCACAGUGUCCCCAACCCCACCCCAGUCACCAUCAUGGAGGACACACCCCGCCAGAGCCAGGUGGUUUCCCAGCUUUUAGCACUGCCCCUUACAUUUUGGAAAUGUUUUGUGCGGGAGGAGCAGGAAAACCUGGUGCCAUCAGAGCAGCUGCCUGGUGUGGUGAAUGAGCAAGAGCGACUGUUCCAUCUUCGCCCUCCCUCAGAAAUAAACUCCAUCCAGCUGAGCCCAGCCACAGGAAGUGGCUGUCUCCCCAGUAAGCUACGUGACUGCAUUGGUACCACCUUCCUACCUAUUAGAGUCAGGGUGGACACAAUUUUCUUCAUUUAUACCCUGCCUUUCUCCCCAGUGAGAACCCACGGCAGCUGACAUCAUUCUCCUCUCCUCCAUUACUCACAACAACCCUGUGAGGUAGGUAAGGCUGAGAGUGUAUGGCUGGCUCAAAGUCACCCUACAAGCUUCUGUGGCAGAGUGGGGAUUUGAAGCUAGUCUGACACUCUUACCACUCAAUGAAGUGCUUCACAAAACACCAGUUCUACUAACAUACGUUGUAGUGAUGGUUACUAACUUUAGUGGCUUUAAGUGGGCCUUAGAUGACAUCUAAGAGGAAAAGUCUGUCUAUCAGAGGAUGACUGAAUUAAACCUAUAUUCUCACAGGUAGUACAUCAUUGCCAGAUUGGUAGGGAUAAUCAACAGGGCAGAGCUAGUACAUUCGUAUUCUGUUUGAGGGUUUUCCCAAGACAUAUGAUUGGCCACUAGCAGAAGCUGGACUAGAUAGUCCUUUAGUCUGGUGCUGCAAGUUUCUGGUUCAUACACUAGCAGUCUUAUUCAUUCACCUUUCCUCUUUUGCCAGUGUUAUAGUAGGGAGUACACAACCAUUGCAUCAAUAAAUGUGCAAUAAUGUCCUGACAUGUUGGCUCCAGCAAACUCUGGGCCAAGCUAGAAGUGACGAAUGACACUACGUGAUCGAGUGGAGUGCAAGUGUCUGUUCACUUGCCAUUCAAGUGUCAUUCAUCGCUUCUAGCUUGGCCCGUUGGAACCACCCAGUUCUUUUCAUGCAACAAAACACCAACAAGAAAGAAAACGCAAACAAAUCAAGUUUGGAAGGGAAGUGCCUGAUCCCACAGCACUGGUUCUGCUUGGUAUAUUGUGGUAGGGGUCUUGCUGUUACCAGAAAGCCAGCAGAAGCUGGAACUCUUUUUUUCUUUUUUUGUAUCUGUGUGUAGGCCGCAUGAAAGCAUUCUCUGCCUAUACUCUAUGGCAGUAGCCUCCCUUCCAGGUCUUGGUGUUUGAGGAUAGACAAAUACAGACCUGGCUUAGCUGAACGAGAAAGACCCAACGGCAAGGCAAGGAGAGCAGCAGGGAAGAGGCAGGAGAGGUGAAGGUAUGGGGCCUACCUGAGCUGGAGAGAAGCGGAGGAAAUGGAGGGUACUAAUGAAGGAAGGAUGGAGCGUCGAGCAGCUUAAGAGUUUAGGGCAUCUAUACCUGCAGGCGUGAGCACCAGGGCCUGGAGAAUGUCAGAGAGGGACACAAUCCCCCGAGGGGCGUUCUUCUCAUCCACUAGAACCAGGCGAUGGACCUGCCAAAUGAGUGAACCACACACUAUCAUGGGGAAGAUAAGGAUGGGGCAGGCAGAGACAAGUAUUUCACAUCCAAAGAACUCAAUAGAACUGGUAUCCCCAGGUGGAAAUGAGGCAAGGUAGAGCAUUCUGGGGAAAGGAUACAGUGAGAAGCAAAAGGGAUCUGCAGAAAUCAAAAUACCGAACACAAUUUCAAACCCAAGGUUUAGGGCUGCUUUGUUUUUUUCCAGUUACACAGCCAAGAUUUUACAAAUACCUGUUCACAUUUAUUUAUUUUGAGUUUUAUACUGCUUCUCUUUGAUGAAGAGCUUGAAGCUGUUCAGAUCAGUAAAUAAAUUAAAUCAAUUAAAAUCUAUACGAAACAUAUUACAUACCCAAUAAAAUCACAAUAAAUCAUGCAACAUAAUACAGAUACAUAAAAACAUCCUAAUCCCAAUCCAGACUAUAAAGCCCUACAGACAAACACAAAUUACAGGCAAGUACAAUACUCAGCAAAUCAACUAUGCCUCACAAUAACAGGCCAAAACCACCCUAGAAUAGCUCUGCCUUACAGUCUCUCUGAAACACAGCAGGUCGUGCUGUGCAUUAGUGCCUUGGUAAGUUCUAGAGGGAGGACACCAGAAUCAUGAUGGCCCUCUUCCGGGCGGAAGAAAGUCAUGCUGCCCCAGGACUAGGAGCCACCAGCAAGCCCCACAAAGAGGAGGCGGGGGGGAGGGUUCAAAACGGGAGAGGCAAACACAAUUCCCGCCACCCAGUCCCAUUGCACAUUCUUAGUGGGAAAUUAUACACCAAAUGUGUCUGCAUUGGUUAGUAAAAUGAUUUAAAAUGUUGCAUCUAAGGCCAUUUUAAAGUUUUUCUGGAAUAUUUAAUUAAGGCAAUUUGACAUAUAAGAAUAUGACCUCAUUUUUUCAUUUUAUCUCAUUUUAUGCUCACAAAAUUUGCUUAUAACUCAUGGUAACUGGAAAUGAUCCAGGCACAAGGGAAAAUUCAUGUUAGUACUCUUGUAUAAGUAAAUCAAUCAGAAGGGUCCCAGACCAUUAAGGGCUUUAAAGAUGAGGACCAACACCUUGAAUUGGAUUCAGAGUCUCAUUAACUACCACAGCAGCUUCAAGAUCAGUAUUCUAUUAGACAGUAGUAUUCUGAUGACUUGCAUUCUGUACCACCUGAAGUCUCUGGAGUGUCUUCAAGGGUAAUCCUAUGUAGAGCAAGUUGAAGUAGUCUAAACAAGAAGUGACCAUCACAUUAAUCAGUGUGGCAUGGUUGGACUGAGAUAGACAUGGGGAAAGUUGUCAGGCCUGAUGAAGUUGAGAAAACGCAUUCUAACCACCAUGGACACCUAUUUGUCCAUGGAAACUUUAGAAUCAAGCCAAAAUCUCAGAUUCCUCACAGAGUCCCCAGUAGGGAGCUGAGCUCUGUUGAGUAGUGAGAGUGACAAAUUAAAGUUCUUCCUAGCCACAUUACCUCAGUUUUCAAAGAAAACUUCAACCAACUGCCCUUCAACCACUCCAUGACAGCAUCCAGGAAUUGAACCAGGGAGGCAAUAUCUGCUUCUGGUUGCUUAUCAAGAAGAAGGUAGAGUUGGGUGUCAGCAUACUGGUGGCAUCCAACCACAAACCUCCUGACAACAUCUGCUAGAGGGUGCAGAUAGAUAAGAGAGAUAAAAGCCUCAGGAUAACAGGAUUGAUCCCUGUGGGACCCUACAAUUUAGUUCUUGCCAGGAUGAGCAUCAUCCCCAACAACCACCCUCAUUGAGCUUCCAUGGAGGAAGGAGGCAAACCACUGUAAGGCAGUACCUCUCACCCCCAGUGAGGCUAGGUGGUCAACCAGCAUAAAACAGUCAAGUGUGUCAAACACUGCUGACAGAUCUAAUAAAAUCAGUAGCAUACAUAUACCCUUAUCCAGCUGAAACUGGAUGUCAUCAACCAGAGGUGUUUAAACAGUCUCAGUCCCACAGCCCAGCCUGAAGCCAACUUGGAAUGUGUCAAAUGCUGACGUAUCAUUCAAAAAUCCCUGAAGCUGGUCAGCCACCACCCUCUCAAUUAUCUUACCCAGGAAAGACAAAUUCGACACUGGGUGAUAAUUUGCUGGUAAAUGGAGAUUUCUAGCCACAUACAAAAUACAUGUUGCAGAUAGCCAGACAGGCCAGUACUUAUUUUUGUAUAGUAGCAAACACAUUUGCCAUCACGUGAUAUGUGAAUAGGCCUCUGAUUUCUAAUUCUUAGUUACAUGUGGUAAGGAAAAAGCUCCCAUCAGGUCCUCCAAAUCAUCAUUUCAUCACUCUGGUUCAGGCUCUAAGUCUGUGCAGGGCUCUGACCUGGCCUGUUUUGAGGGGGGGGGGGAGAAGUGUUGGCUUGCUAAUCAGGCACAACUACGAGCCUCUGUUCUCAAGAGAACUGGCCUUGGGAAGCUUGGUGGGACGUGGCUUCAAUCAGUACUCCCAUAUUUUCUCAUGCUAGCACUGCCAAUUAAGUAUCUAAGCUCUGACUGGCUCCAGGCCUCAUGGGCUGAUGCGGCCAGGCCUGAAAAUGGCAUCUGCCUGCACUGUAAAAACCUCUCCAGUUAGUAUCUGUCUACCAGCAUGUGUGAGAGAGGCUCUUGCUUCCAUGCUUCACCAUCAAGAUGCCAAAAGUCACCUGGCAUGGAAUGGAUUCUUAUGCUAAAGCCAUUAGGUAAGAACAGCCAGUUAAAAAGCUAAGUCAGAGACUGCAAGAUAACCAUCUUGAAGUAUUUUAGCUAGCUAGUUCUAGUUAGCAGUAGCCAGCCUUAUUUGUUUUGUGUUUGUCUAUUGCCUGUUUGAAGAGCAGUUUCUGCUUAGCAAACGCU